AUGUCGUCUACGCUUGCCCCAAAUGAGGCUAUAUGGAUCACCCAACGAUCUCUAGAGAAGAAUCCGCAAGCGCACGUCACACCAACUACAAAUCAAAGUAAAGCCCGCGUUGUUCUCUUGUUGGACUUGGACUGCUUUUAUGCCCAAUGCGAAUGCGUACGGCUUGGUUGGGAUGCGAUGGAGAUACCAUUAGCGUUGCUGCAGUGGGAUUCAGUAUUGGCCGUCACUUACCCUGCCAGGAAAUACGGCAUCAAACGUGGAGAUUCUUGGGACACAGUUCACCAAAAAUCUCAAGGAGCUUGCUACGCAGUGCAUGUACCUAUUUUAACCACGAAUGGAAGCAGGACCGAUCGUGUUGCCACUUUGCCUCCAGGCGAAGUUUUGGCGUGGGUGGAAAACCAAUUUGGCGAUAACGUCGUACUGGAGCGAGCUUCGAUCGAUGAGUUCUUUUUGGACGUAACAAACGUUUGUUAUCUUGAAUCUACUCUAGAUGUAUGCGAUUUGGGAAGCAAUAACAGCCUUGAAGGGGCUUUGCAAGAGACUGCUGUGGUGGGUCAAUCUGAAAUUAUGACGCUUGUAAGAAAUGGAAUGGACGUGGAUGUUGAGGCCUUGCAAAGGGGUGCUCACCUAGCUCGUUGUAUCCGGGAUGAAGUUCGUACUUUGUUAGGUUUUACGCUGUCGGCCGGGAUCGGAUCAAAUAAGACGAUUGCCAAGCUUUCGGCCGCGUACGGAAAACCAAAUGGGCAAGCUAUAACAUAUCCGCAAUUUGUUGACACGCUCUUGGCGGACACGGAGAUUCGAAAAUGCCGAAAUUUGGGUGGAAAGCUAGGCAAGACUGUCCAAGCCCUUUUACCGGCCGAUGCCCCCACAACAGUACAUAGUAUUGCGAAAUACUUGUCCCUUCCUACACUAGAGCAACAUUUCGAAGCCCCCACAGCCGCCUGGGUGUACCGUGUUGCGCGGGGAGUCGAUACAGAACCUGUUGCAUCGAAGAACGAAUCGGCUCUGACAAAAUCUAUAACUGCAUUUAAGUCGUUGCCUUUCGACGUGCAAGGUCAUGACUGGGAAAGCUUGGCAUCAUGGAUCCGACUUCUGGCCGACGAGAUUGUUUCUAGAGUUGAGCGAGACGCUUCGCGAAAUGGUCGGUAUCCAAAAUCUUGUACUAUUCAGUAUGCCGGAAAUGGUACAACAGGUCAGCGAAACAAAUCGAUACGCGUGCCUUUUCCAGCCGAAAGACUUUCAAAAAACAAAAAGAUCGACGAACUGUGCGGCGUGGUCCCGAAAACUGUCCAAGCUAAAGAGAACUCUGGUUUCCGUUUGCGAAGAAUAGGGCUGUGUGCAAUAGACUUCCGAAAUAGGCCAGCCAGUGGAAUCGACCGCUUCUUUUGUAAUACCUGCACAAGCAGUCAACCAAAGUCAUCCAAGGGAUUGGCAAUGAGAGAGCAAGUGAGUGCGAACGUGAGUUUCUGUGAGCCUUUGGAUUUGCUACUAGCUCAGGCCACCGAUGAACACGUUGCCGGAAUGGUGCAAACGGACUUCGCCAAGAGACAAGAUAAGGUUGUCUCAAAUGUUCGAAACCCGACUCUCAAAGAAGGGAAGCCCGUAAACCGCAUUUUUCAACCACAAAUAAAUUCUGAUAAAGAAUUAGCAGAAAAGCUCCAGUCGGCAUUUGACCGGGAAAAUCAAGCCUUGGAAGCUUUAGAUAGGAAGGCGAAGACUAACUUGUAUCGUAAAUCCAAAGCUCGUAAAAUCGACGAUUUCUUUUUCACAAAAAGGUAAAUGGGAAAAUGAUGGUUAUACCAACUUUAACGUAAGCUUUUUUCUUUAACUAAACCAGUAAGGGCACUCGGUUUCCUGGGUAAAUUAAAAUGUAUUCACGGG